GAAUCACGAGCGAUGGUGCGCACUACAUGGCUACACGUACGCCUGCCUUGAGGAGAACGUCGCAGGUAGAACUGAUCCCACCUGGUCCAAACUUCCGCAUGUACUGGAGCUCCUGAAGAAAGGUGCAGAGUUCGUCUUUUGGAUGGAUGCCGACUCCCUCUUCAUCUCCGAUGGUGUAGACUUGCAGUGGGCCUGUGACCUUGGAAAAGACUUUGUGUUUGCCGGAGACCUCAAUGUGGUCUUCAAUGCCGGACACUUCCUGGCUCGCCGGGGCGCGUGGGCUGAGCGAUUCCUGAGCGAUGCGUUUCGAAUCCACCCUUGGCCCGAUUGGGAAGAUAACGGCGCUAUGAUGAUUCUGCUGGGUGGGGGAUGCGCAGACGAUCCCAGUAGCUGGCGAACGGCCUUCGAGCGCAUGAAGGUACCGACCAGAAGCGCUGGAGAAUGCCACCGCGCCAUGACACAGCUGCUACCACGCAGCGUGGCGGAGCACGUCCAGGUCGUCCCGCAACACUUGCUCAAUGCCUACGAGUGGCCACGAGGUGGCGGCGAUCUCUCUUUGCUUCGGGGCGAUCCGAUCUUACACUUUGCAGGCUGUUCGGCUGAGCAAAAGACACAGCUGAUUGCCAAGUUUGCACCCUGCACGGGCGAUCCGCUACUGCUUUUGCAUGCCAAGAGUCUGCCAGCUUGA